CGCACAAUGACCUGAGCUCGACCGGUGGUGCACCCCAUCCCUGCCUUGCCCAGCGCUCUGGACCCGGGCUUCGGCUUGGGCCGUGUUCCCCAGACCCCUGCGGAUCCUCCCGGGCUGCGAGCCGGGAGUCGCGAGCCCGCAGGAGCCCGCGCAGCCGAGCCCCUAUGCAAAUUGGCCAUGUGACGGCAAAAGCUGCCUGGCCCAGCCCUGUUCCUCAGUCCAUAUAUGGGCAGUGACGUCACGGGCAUUGAGGGCCUGCCCAUAAAUACUUAGAGCAACACUUUCCGUCUAACCCAGAGAGCAGCAAUUGAUUAAUAGCUCGGCGAGGGGGACACACUGACUGUUAUAAUAACACUACACCAGCAACUCCUGGCUUCCCAGCCGGAACACAGGAGAGAGUCAGUGGCAAAUAGCCAUUUUUCUUCUUUAAAAAACCCCAGCAACUUGUUUGCUAGUUUUAUUUUUGUUGAUUUUUUUUUUUUUUUGAGGGGGGAUAGUUGCUUUAAGUGUGGAGGGCAAAAGGAGAUACCAGCCUAGGCUCAGUCCAAUCCCUCUCCAAAACGGCUUCUCUGACACUCCAGGUAGCCAGGGAGUUGGGUCUCCAGGUUGUGCGAGGAGCAAAUGAUGACCGCCAAGGCCGUAGACAAAAUCCCAGUAACUCUCAGUGGUUUUGUGCACCAGCUGUCUGACAACAUCUAUCCGGUGGAGGACCUCGCCGCCACGUCGGUGACCAUCUUUCCCAAUGCCGAACUGGGAAGCCCCUUUGACCAGAUGAACGGAGUGGCCGGAGAUGGCAUGAUCAACAUUGACAUGACUGGAGAGAAGAGGUCCUUGGAUCUCCCAUAUCCCAGCAGCUUUGCUCCUGUCUCUGCACCCCGAAACCAGACCUUCACUUACAUGGGCAAGUUCUCCAUUGACCCCCAGUACCCUGGUGCCAGCUGCUACCCAGAAGGCAUCAUCAACAUUGUGAGUGCAGGUAUCCUGCAAGGGGUCACCUCCCCAGCAUCCACCACGGCCUCAUCCAACGUGACCUCAGCUUCCCCCAACCCACUGGCCACUGGACCCUUGGGUGUGUGCACCAUGUCCCAGACCCAGCCUGACUUGGACCAUCUCUACUCUCCACCGCCACCUCCUCCUUAUUCUGGCUGUGCAGGAGACCUCUACCAGGACCCCUCGGCAUUCCUUUCAGCAGCCACCACCUCCACCUCCUCCUCUCUGGCCUACCCACCACCUCCGUCCUACCCGUCCCCCAAGCCAGCCACGGACCCAGGUCUCUUCCCCAUGAUCCCAGACUAUCCUGGAUUUUUCCCAUCACAGUGCCAGAGAGACCUACAUGGUACAGCUGGCCCAGACCGCAAGCCCUUCCCCUGCCCCCUGGACUCCCUGCGAGUCCCCCCUCCACUCACUCCACUCUCCACCAUCCGCAACUUUACCCUGGGGGGGCCCAGUGCUGGGACCACAGGGCCAGGGGCCAGUGGAGGCAGCGAGGGACCACGGCUACCUGGCAGCUCGGCAGCGGCUGCUGCUGCCGCCUAUAACCCACAUCAUCUGCCACUUCGGCCCAUUCUGAGGCCUCGAAAGUACCCCAACAGACCUAGCAAGACCCCAGUGCAUGAAAGGCCCUACCCUUGCCCAGCAGAAGGCUGUGACCGUCGCUUCUCCCGCUCAGAUGAGCUCACAAGGCAUAUCCGAAUCCACACAGGGCAUAAGCCCUUCCAGUGUCGGAUCUGCAUGCGCAACUUCAGCCGCAGCGAUCACCUUACUACCCACAUCCGCACCCACACUGGCGAGAAGCCCUUCGCUUGUGAUUACUGUGGCCGUAAGUUUGCCCGGAGUGAUGAGAGGAAGCGCCACACCAAGAUCCACCUGAGACAGAAGGAACGCAAGAGCAGUGCCCCAUCCUCAUCAGUGCCGGCUGCCUCUACCGCCUCCUGCACUGGUGGCGCACAACCUGGGGGGCCCCUGUGCGGCAGCAACAGCAGCACUAUUGGUGGAGGGUCCCUCGGCCCUUGUUCAUCUCGGACCCGGACACCUUGAAAUGAGACUCAGGCUGACACAGGAGCUCCUUGAGGCCCCGGAGGCCCUUUGUCCACUCGAGCUGCACGACAAACACUACCACCCAUUCCUGCCCUUCCUUCGUUUUGUUGGGCAAAGGGCCUUGGUGGAGCCUAGCACUGCCCCAACCCCCAUUUCCACUUAGAAGCAGGACCUUCCUAAAACUUAGCCCACCUUAGUCUCUCUUAGGUGAGUUGACUGUCACCCCAAGGUAAUGGGGAGGCUCAAAAGGAGGUUGGGUGGAGGGCCUUGGCCUAGAGGGCUGAGGCCUGACCCUACUUUAAAGGGUUGUUUGACAAAGUUUUGCUCCCCCCCUCCCUUAUUUUGACUGGUUAUAGGUUUUUGACUCUGGAUGACAGCAUUGAUGAGACUUUUUCUACAGUAGGUUGGGAGAUGCUGAUCCCUUCAGGUGGGGACAGCAAAGAGACAGAAGCAAAACUGAUAUGCACUUUAUGGCUUGGGACUGAUUUGAGGGAUGCUGUACAGUGGGUGAAGCAUGGCCUUUAUGCUGCAUUCUGUGGCCCUAGAACAGUGAAUUAAAGCUUAUCUAGUCAUCUCAACCCUUUAAGCAAUAUGUAUUAUAAACUCAGAGAACAGAAGUGCAAUGUGAGGGGAGGGACAUAGCAAUAUCUGCUCCUUUUUGAGUUGUUUGAGAAACGUAAAAGACUAUUUUUUCAGUGUAUAUCCAUUUAGAUUUCGUGUAUUUUUGAUGUGCACUGUUCUCCAAGUUCUGAACCUUUGGGAAAAAAAGUAAAGCAUUUAUGAUCUCUUGAAUUGAGUCAGAGCUUAACUUAUUUAAAGAGGGAUGUACAUAUAUUCUCUGAAACUAGGAUGCAUGCAAUUGUGUUGGAAGUGUCCUUGGUGCCUUGUGUGAUGUAGACAAUGUUACAGGUCUGCAUGUAAAUGGGUUGCCUUACUAUGAAAAAAAAUCACUCCCUGGGUUUAGUAUGGCUGUACAUUUCUGCCUAUUAAUAUUUGGAUUUUUUUUUUUUUAGAAAAUAUAUUUUUGUAUGCUCUGUUUUGUGACUUAAAAGUGUUACCUUUGUAGUUGAAUUGCAGAUAGGAAUGUAAAUACUUACUGGAGCUGACUUGUUUGGUUAUUAGCUUUUAAUAGUUGUGGAAAUCUAAAUGAUUUAUUCUAACACAAAACCACUAACUAAAGUUCAGAUAAAGAAUGGUUUAUGACUAUAGUGUAAAUAAAUACUUUUCAACAAUA